GGAAAAGAUGCCCAGCGCAGCGAUACAGCUACAGGACAUGGAGGAGAGCAGUCGGCGGCUGCUCCCACAACCCAGAGAGAUCCCUCUGGUGCCGAUGGACACCAACGUCCUGACAGCCAGGCCUGAGAACGUGGACAGUCACGCACUCAUCAGGGACAGAGUGUUUAAAGCAGUCUCCCAGGGAGAUGCAGAGGGGCUCAACGGCCUGCUGGGAUACCUACAAGACAAUAAAAAGCAGCUCACAAGUCCAGAGUUCACAGAUAAGACGAACGGGAAAACGGCUCUCCUGAAAGCUCUGCUGAACCUGAAAAAUGGCAAAAAUGACACCAUUGACGUCCUCCUUGAUAUCGCGGAGAAAACUGGAGAUUUAGAGAAUCUGGUCAAUGCAUCUUAUACAGACGACUUCUACAAAGGUCAGACGGCUCUGCAUGUCGCCAUCGAGAGAAGAAGCUUGGACCACGUGAAGCUUCUUGUGCAGAAAGGAGCAGAUGUUCAAGCCAAAGCCAACGGGAAGUUUUUCCAGCCUAAAGCGAAACACGGCUUUUAUUUUGGUGAGCUUCCUCUGUCACUGGCUGUGAGCACCAACCAGCCCGACAUCGUGUCCUUCCUCAUAGAAGAAGGAGAAGCCGACGUGGCCGAUCAAGACUCUCACGGAAACACCGUGCUGCACAUCUUGGUGGUCAUGGCGGACAACACGGCAGAAAACACUGAAAUGUUCGCCGCGAUGUACGAUAAGAUCCUCAUUCUGCACCACAAGCUAAAGAAACAAACAGAAGACCACCUGGAAGAGAUCAAAAACAACCAGGACCUGACUCCUCUGAAGCUGGCCGCCAAGCUCGGCAAGAUCGGGCUGCUGAAACACAUGUUGCACCGAGAAUUCAUGGACGAGGACACGAGGCCGUUGUCCAGGAAGUUCACAGAAUGGGUUUAUGGACCCGUCCACUCCUCCCUUUACGACAUCAGCUCCAUCGAUACCGACGAACAGAACUCUGUGCUGGAGAUAAUCAUCUUUGGGAGUAAGAUUCCGAACCGCCGUGAGAUGCUUCAAAUCGAACCUCUUCGCAGCCUCCUUGAGGACAAGUGGAGCACGUUUGCUUCCAAGCUGUUCCUGAUAAACUUCCUGCUGUACCUGAUAUACCUGAUCAUCUUCACCACCGUGGCCGUCUACAGGAAGGACGGACAGCCACCGUUCCCACUAGAGGUCCCCAUCGACUACCUCCGAUGUGUCGGCGAGAUCAUCAGCGUCCUCGGAGCAGUGAGGUUUUUCUACCAAUCGAUUACUUUCUUCCAGAGGAACCGUCCAAACUUCAAGGCUCUAUUCACCGACGGAUUCAUCGACCUCCUCUUUUUGCUGCAGGCGUCGCUCCUUCUGGUCAGCGCGCUGCUGUACCUCACCGGUCGGAGAGAGUACGUCGGACUUCUUGUGCUCUCGCUGGCUCUCGCCUGGAUGAACGUUCUGUAUUACUCAAGAGGAUUCAAGCAGCUGGGGAUGUACUUCGUCAUGAUGCAAAGAAUGAUACUCGGUGACCUUUUACACUUUUUAUUUGUCUACGGUGUCUUCCUGUUUGGAUUUUCUGCCGCUAUUGUCGCUCUGAUAGACGAACCUCCCUUAACUCAACACAAUGCGACCAAUGCCUCGCUGGCAAACGGACAAAGCUUCGCCGAGGAUCCAUUUAAGGCGGAAGAACUGAGCUACCACGACAUGCGCUUCACCACGCUGGAACUGUUCAAGUUCACCAUCGGGAUGGGAGACAUCCAGUUCACCGACCACGUUCAGUACAAGGAGGUGUUCUACAUCCUGCUCAUCUGCUACAUCGUCCUCACCUACAUCCUGCUGCUCAACAUGCUGAUCGCUCUGAUGGGCAACACCGUCGAGAGGAUCUCCACACAGAGCGAGAACAUCUGGAACCUGCAGAGGGCCUUUACCAUUUUGGACAUAGAGAGGUCUCUGCCGAAGUGCCUGAGGAAGAAGAUCUACUCCAAAGCCAGAAAGGAGCAGGACGAGUGUCAAGGACUCUUCAGGGUGGAGGAGAAGAACUGGACCCAGUGGAGGUCAGAUCUCGGCGUGAAACGGAAAGAAGACCCACAGUUUGUGGAUCCUUCUGGGUCUCACUGGAACCUCCUGAACAGGAUUUAUCCUAAACGUCGCCAAACACAACCGUCUGGUUCUUCCAGGAUCAACGGGAACAUCAACCUAUCAAAGCUUUUACCAGUUUAAGAUCUGAACAUGUUUUUGAUAAACCAGCAACUUUAUUUAUUCUCAUCAAGCUGCUCUUAUUCGUGUACAUAUAUGUGUUGUGAUGUUAUUUAUACACCUUAUGAAUGGUUGUGUACAUUUGUACAUAGUAGAACAUUUUUCAAAGGGAGGAGUUGUUGUCGCUGCUUUUUCAACUUUGGAGUUAACUUUCUGACACACGUCACUCAGUUCAGGUAUUUCUCAUUGUCUGUUAUUAGAUGGAGCUGGUUAAGGAAACAGCUCCUUAAAUAUACCUUUAAUUAACUCAG